AUGGCAACAGGCUGGAUUUCUUUUGUAGUUCCAGUGCUGGCUAAUGAGGCUCUGGCACCUCCCCUGAAUCUAAGGUGUGAGGCUCCGUGCCUAGGGAUGAAUGAUGCCGGGGGUAAACGGCAUCUUGAACGGACCCUCCAGGACACCGGGCCACCUCCUGGAGUAAGUUUGGCCUUACGUACGUAUGGGGCUCUGCGUACGGUGACCGUUAUUUCCCCAUUACUCGUGGGAUCAAAUAUGGAUACACUUAAACAAACGCAAAACAAAAAACCCUCAGACGCAGAAGGUGCGGAGGAACCUUCUGAUGUCUUAUCUACGACUGCCGAUGAGGCAGCCUUAUUCGGGAACCUCUUUGAGGAACCCUCUACUACCACUCCCUCUAAACAAAAAAGUAACACACAAGCUCCAAGGAGAAAAAAACGCAAAAAAUUAUUAGCGGCAAAAGGCAGGAACAUGACAUCCAAUCACUCCGGAAAUUUUAGACAAAAACGUCGACAUUCCAAACAAAUGCUUACGCCAUCUGCAAAGAAAGCCUUGGGAACAUCCGUCGUUGCCGUUAAACCACUUCAAAUGAAGAAACAAGCUACGAAAACACGUGCACUUCCUAUCCCAAGUGCAGGAUAUAGUGCCGUCAAACAUAGCGAGUUUCAUAUUACGAUAAGUCAAAAGGGCGGAGAACAACUCAAUGAGGAACACGUUCAACUUUUUUUUGAAACCGUAGGUGAUGCUAUAUUAGAUUUAUCUACAUGUAGUAGUUUUAUCCCGGCGUUCGAGAGCUGCAAAAUUUGCAACGGACAAAUCCUCAUCACAGCAAAAAAUAGGGCGUCUAAAGAUUGGUUAUUGAGACAUCUUUGGAAAAUACGACCUUGGAACGGGGCAGAUCUUGUAGCUACAGGUCCACCUGAAGGUUCGUCAUCUAUCAAGUAUCAAUCGGCUUACCUGUGGGUGCCGACCGCGCGAUAUAGUGAAGUCGAAAUUCUUCAAAUACUAGAUAGUCAAAACCCAGAACUGAUGAUUCCUUUAUGGAAAGUCCAAGGAAUGAAACCGGAACCAUGGGGAUUAGUACUGAAGGUAGACAUAGAUAGCAGAUGCAUUUCUGCUUUGAAGGAUAUUAAUUUACAGCCAUUUUUUGUUUUACGGCGCGUUGAUGUACAACUAGAAGUAAAUUUGAAAAGGAAAAUCCCUACUGAUCUCAAUAGCAGUGCUUCUAGCGUCGGCCCUACAAAAGUCAAGAGAACGAAAGCACUUCUGUCCUCUAGUGAUGUACAAGCAAAUCAAUCGGUGCAAUUGAACGCACCUGAACCUGCUCCCCAAAAGAAGCCCUCGAAACGUAAACCUAACAAAGCCCAAAGAAUGAAACGACGUAGGAUGGAGGCUUCACAAACCAAGCCUGCAAUACCACCUCCUAAGCAUACGACACAGUCUUCUUCAAAACGAAAAGUAGAUCGUCCUAGAAGCAGAAUGGUAUCUUCUCCGAGAUAUAGGGCAGACUCACCACCUAGACCAAGGGUACCCUCUUUUAGUUUUAGGACGGGGUCUCCACCAAGACGUAGAGAAAUGCUAUCGUACAAUUCUAAUCAACAGGCAAGUAGGAAUCCAUCCCUGUUACAAAUGAGGGACCUGGUUCCAAACACCUCUCAGAUGCUGUCUUCAUUAUACCGUGAUCCAGUUACAGACACAGAGUUAACUUCUGACGAUAGAUACAAAAUGUUUUACUCUAGGGAACUGGAUUUUGACAGGAACACUUCACUUCUACGCAAAUCAGAUAUUUCUGCUUCUCGAGGGUCCAGUUCUGAGAUAUUUGGGAGUUCAUUCCAAGUAAGACACGAUAAAGAGUUAGUGCAGACUAACUCAUUACCAAGAACAGCGAACACUUUAAUGCGAGCUUCUUUCUUGGAAGAUGAACUUAUCUCGCAGAGAGUCAGAUACUCGCCUCCUAUGAGUCAGGAAAGAGAUCCUUAUCUAUCAUUCUCAUCUCGCGCAGUUCCAAGAAUUGAAUCUUCUUCGUCUAGAUUCCAGGUAAAUGACCGUCCCUCGCUCUUAGCUUUCCAAAAUCAGUCCGAAUUCAGACACCCUAGUGACGAAUUUUAUGCAAAAUCAACGAUUUUAACGAACAGACCAAAAAAGCAAUACUACUACACUAAAUAGUUGUUCUAAUUGAACCUCCAUUAGGAGAGAUGUUUUGUCCAGCCAUGUGACAUAAUUGUAAUGACAGUAGUGAAGCAAAAAGCAGCAGUUAUGAUUGACUUUGUGAUUGAACAUCAAUAGUUGAUUUGCUUUUUAUAAUCGUAAAAAAUAUUGACCAGAUUCUACCUGAAACAUUUGUUUGCUAAGUCAGCCUGAAAAUAGUCCAUUUCUUAAAAAAAUCUGUAGGCAUGUGAUAUGUUUUAAGGUCCAUGGAUGUAUUUUCGCAUUGACGAUCAGAACGGUAAUAGAGACAAUUGAAUUGCACUUUUAAAUCCCGCUGUUCUAAUUUAUAUCAGAAAAAAGCAUAAAUCCAACGGAUAUUUUAAACAUUCGAAACAUAGUUUCAGAUAUGUAUAGCAAUAGCGUCGAGUCUUGUUUUUGAUGAAAUAUGCAAAACAUUAUCUGAUCUACAAAGAAGGAGUAGAACAUUCGCUAUUGUUUCGCAUAUUCGUUAUUUGCCGAAUACUUCCCUAAUGUAGCAGGUAUGCAAUUAAAUAUCUUUUAAGAGAUGACUUAACAAUUUAAAUUCUGAUUUGGUUCAUAUGAAUCUAUCUCCCAUAAUAGAAUGAAAAAUACCAAUGUUUAAAUUUCGAUGAUAUCACCGUCAUUGCAUUAUUAAUUAUUCAAAGCUGGACAAACUCAUUUGUAUACGUUACUGUUGCAUCAUAUCCACCUUUUGUUAUCACUGCAAUAUGAUGAAGAGAAAGUCUGUUCUGUAACGCUACUGAAACGAAAGUAAAUAAUAUAAGCACAGCGUCAGCGCUUCAGUAGCGAUACCGAUCGCACCUAUUAACGGCAUACAAAUCUUUUUUUUGAGAUACGUGAAAAUGUUGGCAUAUUAAUUAUUCAUACAGUGAAAUACAUAUACCACUGACGUCGUAGAAUGUACGAGAAGGAAGCGCUAGAAGCGUGCAAUACAAUGUUAGAAAGAGAUAGAAGCACGUUGCCUAGCAACCGGAGUGACGCAGCUGCGACUUGCGUUGCCAUCAGCACCAUAUAAUGCCAAUAAAGUUUCGGCUGUUUUAAUUACAAAACAGUAAACAAAACGAAUUCACAAACGAUGCCCAAAGACUGUCAUUUUUCAUUAAGAAAGGCAACACAACUUGUACACAGUCACUGCGCUAAUUUUCGGUAUAUUUUGGAUUUUCUUUCUAAUGUAGUAAUAUUAAAAUUUGUGUUUGAUUCUUCAUAUUAUUUGUCAGAAACUAUCAGAUGUAACUAUUACUUGCUGAAUUUAAAUCUGGUACCAAAUAUGUGGAAUCAGUUAUUUCUUUCUAACAAUAUAUGUAUUUGUUAUAGUUGUAAAUAUUGUAUUUGCAUUCCUAAAGCGAUCUAAGAAGUUUGAAGUGAUGAUUAAAAAUGUGCAACAUUUCAUAAUGUAUGGUGCAAUUUUGUCAGUUUCAACAACCUCUUUAAAAUGUAUAGAUGGAUUGUGUCAGAGUUCGACUUGAAUGUUCUAAAAGACAAAUUUCAGUUCUUAAAAAUUUCAUUCUUUUUAGUAACAGGAUUGUCAUGAUUAUACCCUUGAAGAUAGCCAUUUUGACUUAUAGUUAGUUUGUUAGGUGUCAGAGUAGAAUGUCUAAGAAGGACUAUAAGUUGAGAAUUUUGAAACUACACCUACAUGAUGCUUUAUUUUGGCAGGAGGACAAAAGGAAAUUAUCUGCUAAGUAGUAGUAGUAGGUGGCUCCUAUGGGAGCAAUAGGGUGGUUCAGCUGUUUCUACUUCUGAAUGUAAUACAAAAGGAUGGAAUGGUAACAUACCAUCAUCAUCAUAACAGUCCUGUUGAAGUACUAAGAUUUAUAUUGGUUCCAAUGUAUUUAAAAUCAGUACAAUAAGACUGAAACUGUACUAUAUAUUGUGAAACACCUUAGUGAAUACUAUGUUUACAUUUCUGAACAGCGAGUUGUGGAGCCAAGUUGUACAAAAGCAGCACUGCAGUUUUAGAAAUCAAUAGUUUGUUCUGAGAGCAGCACUGUUAGUUGGAAGCUAUCUCUACUUAUCUGUUUCAAAUUGACACAGAGAAUGAAACCAAUCUAGAUUAUAGUAGUGAUAACUUUUGGAAAUGUUCAUACUUUUCUAUGAUUUUUCUCAGAAUUUCAUUCCACACCUGUGUGAAGUAAACACUAAAAUACAGAAAUUGUAUUCAAUGAGUUGGUUUGAACUAUAACUGAAAUGUAACAUCUGUGUUUGGAGCAGUAACCAUGAUUGUAUUAUGUGGAAAUGUAUCUGUAAUGUAUUUUAAUACAUUAUUGAUCAAUUCCAAAGUGUUUUUUGUUUAGCAAUAUACCC